AGGAGUGACUGACAAGUGACUAGUGAGUAGCGAGUAAUCCAUUCCGGCCAGCGCCAAAAUCCUGCGGGUUUUAGUACAGCUGACAGCGGUAGUCGCAGAUGUAGCAGCGGUGGUGGUGGUCUUGAGAGAUGGCGGCCUUAAGUUUUGGUCACCUGGCAACAGCAACACCUCCAUUCCUCUCUCCUCUCCGCCUCAACAUCAAUACACCGUGCUUCCAUCUUGGUUGCAGUCAUUUCCCGUUCACAGCCAGCAUACGCCGCAACUCAUGCCUUGUCACCCUCUCUUACUCCAACAAAUCUAAAAGUCGACUCCAAAUUGAGAAGGAAAGAGAGUUUCUUGAACAAUAUGGUCUCAAUCCUGACGAGUUUUUACCCCAUUCAUCUCCACAGAGGAAGAGGAGAAAAGGGCAGGCAAAGACGGGAGAAAACGGAAGGCAGGAAAUCACAGAGGAACCCAAGCAUCCAAGGGAAACCCAUAAAUUGCUUCAGGUGCUUGCAGGAAAAGCUCGAAGGAAAAAAUUACUUUCACCGAAAGGCAUGGAUGUACGCCCAAUGAUGGAAGUGGUGAAGGCUGCUGCAUUUGCCAUUUUACAGGCGGCUGGUGGUAGCCCUGCAUCUCUACGGCCUGGUCGUUGGUUAGAUUUAUACAGUGGUACAGGAUCUGUUGGCAUUGAAGCUAUCAGUAGAGGAUGCUCAGAGGCCCAUUUUGUUGAGAUGGAUCCUUGGGUUGUCUCAGAUGUUCUACGACCAAAUUUACAGUGGACUGGUUUCCUUGAUGUAUCAACCAUACAUCCUGUCCGUGUGGAGGAUUUCUUGGAAAGGGCAGAACAAUUUGCUGUCAGGAGCUUUGAGUCUCUCAAUUACGGUAAACGUGCGCCAUUUGAUUAUGUAAGUGUUACACCCCCAUAUAUGGCAGUAGAUUAUGGGGUAUUGAUGAACCAAAUUUCAAGUUCAUCCGUAAUUGGAGAGGACACAUUUAUUGUAGUUGAAUACCCUUUGAAAACUGACAUGCUUGAUUCAUGUGGUUGCCUCACUAAGGUUGUUAAGCUGCUCGAAAUUUCCAGCUUGAUUAAAGAGUUGCAACCUGGUUUCAUGCUUUGCCAGCUGCUUGUAAUCUUUCCAUGCAUAUUCUACAUCCAAAAGCUGGUCACCAUGAGAUCAUUUUUAUCAACUCAAACUGCGCAAAUUCAAGUGACUCGUCUGGAGUGUGACCUUCACUUCAUUGCUGCCACUUAUGUUGGGUGA